GCCCCACGGCCCAGAGCCGGAUUCGGCCGCGGCCCGCGGCGCCUCGCCCGGGGAGCGGGCGGUCCCUGCCGGGCGGGGCGCCCCUCUGCCACACCGCGAGUGUGCCCGUAAAAGAAUCGGCAUUCGCAGUCCUUGCGGGACAGAGCACCUCAGGAAAGGCGCCGUACUGCUUUGCUUCACAAGGGGGGACUUCAUUAAUGUGUAUAAAUAUCUUAAGGGGCGGGGCCAAGAGGACGGAGCCAGGCUCUGCUCGGUGGUGCCAAGCGCAGGAGGCAAUAGGCACAAACUGAUGCACAGGAAGUUCCACCCGAGGAAGAACUUCUUUACUGUGCGGGUGACCGAGCACUGGAACAGAUUGCCCAGAGGCGCUGUGGGGUCUCCCUCGCUGGAGAUAAUCAAGAACCGCGUGAAUGCAAUCCUGUGCCAUGGACAACCCUGCUUGUGCAGGGAAGUGGGACCAGAUCUCCCACUGCGAUCCCUUCCAACCUGACCCAUUCUGUGAUUCUAAUGAAGGUUACCAGCCCAUACAGGUGUUUUACACGUGCUCCAAAGCAGCCCGCCAGCAUAGCCUCCAGGGCGUGGAUAUAUCCAUGCAUCCAAUCUGCUACCGCUGUAAAGCAGCCCCCUACCUCGUAUGCAGAGCUUGCACAGGACUAAGGAAAGAUUUUUAAAAUAAGUUAGAUUUCCAGCUUAUUCAUCAAGUGUGGCCCUGCCCAAGCACACUGGCACACACUAAUCCUGCCAAGGUACUGCACUCCAGAGAAGGACUCUCCUCCUGCUCAUUCAAUAACAAGAUCAUUUUACUGUGACAUGCAGAGGAGUGGACUUUCCCUCCGUGUCCAUCUGUGCCCUUAGAAAGCGAGGCUGGAAAUUACUGUUGUGUCAGAUUCCAAAGCAGGGAGGAGGAGAUUUAAUGAGACCUGGACCAUCUCCCUAGUUUGCUGGGAGAAUCACAGUCCUGCAACCUCUGGCCACAGCCCUGGUCUUUCUGUCACUGGGUCGUCUCCUCACCUGGUGCUCAGCAAUCUGGAUCUGCAGCAUGAUUCCUGAAAGCAAUCCCUGUGUCAGGAAAAAAAAACCAAACCUACAAAACAUCAUAGCAGCAACCAAGGAUGUGUAGGGGUUAGCAUUCUCUGGUGAUCUGUCUGAACUUAAUUUCUUCUCAGCUGACAAGCGAUGGCGUCUUUGAAGGCCGCCGACACGUCCUUCUUCAGCCUGAGCGACGUAAGAGAGAGGAUGCGGGAGAAGAAAAAGGGUGCCUUGAGGACUGCGAAGUUGAAUGCCUCGCUUGUAUCCAAAAUCAAAACGAAAAUCAUUAACAACUCUUCUACUAUUAAAGUCUCCCUGAAGCACAACAAUAAAGCAUUGGCUCUGGCCCUCAAUGCAGAGAAAGCCAAUGCACAGCGGCUCACCCGGGAGAAGACCAUCUUACAGAAGGAGGUGGAGCAGUGCCACUUCCAGAACGCUGUGCUGCGGCACAGGCUCUCCUUCCAGAAUCAUAUCUUGAAAGAAUUUGAAAAUCUUCUGGCUGCAGUUAAGAUGGCCCGGCUGUCUGAGUUUCAUACAAAUUCUGCAUCCUUUUCCAGUGGCCAGAAGAGCAGCAUGACUGAAGAUUGCUGGGCUGAUGAUAUUGCAGAUGGUCAUCUUCUGAGGGCUACAGGGAUACCAAUGAGGGUGCGCAUUUCCAAGCUGUGUGAUGCAGGACAGCAAGGUGACAGCUCCACAGCAGUACAAACAUCCUCAGGAGAACUUCAGAGACCUGCUUCUAAUGAGCCCCUGAAAAUCGUGCCUGUUGCCUCCAAAGACACUUUGCCACCACAGCAUGCUGAGGAACCUCAAUCCCACCAGGAAGAGAAUGGGAAGAAUGUCACCGAAACAAAGGAAACGCAGGAGGCUUUUCAUGACUCUUGCAUCUUUGGAGAGGUCUUGUGCACUACCAACCAAAAUCCCAACAGUUUCCCAGCGCUUGCCUGGGAAAGUCAUCGUCUUUCGUAUGAGGCUGAUGAGAUGGCAAAACAUUUCCUUGAUCGUCUCUCACAAGGGCACGUUACUCAGAGGAGAAAGCGUUCCACCCUAUUUGCUACAAGCACUCCAUCUUCUGGUGUGGGUAUCUUCCCGCGAGUCAGUUCCACUCAGGCUGCUUUGUGUAGUGUCGCAAAGGACAGCAGCAGCUCCAGCAACAACAACACACAGCAACAGCUGAAAUCACCCAGCUCCCUGGCUUCACCUACGCAAACCAGUGUUAUUUCUGAUAGAAAAUCUGUGGGUAAAGAGACUUUCUGUGAUCAGCCACAGGCUAAAGAAACUGAGUGUGGUGUUGAAACGGACUCCACCUAUAGCCAAGUCCCUGCGUUUGUUCCUAUAAAGGUUAAAAGCAAAGGUAGUUGUAAAACUGGUGAGAAAAUGACUGUUAAAAGAGCAAGCACAGGAAAAAAGAAAACAAACGCAACUAAAAACAGUGCAGAAAGUAGUCCUGAUAUAUCUCAAAGUGGAGAGUGUGCUCAAAAUGCAAAGAAACUUCUUCAGCCCGAAGUUGCAACACGCUCUACUGAGUCUGAAGUUUGUGAGGUGGGGCAAAAGGCCUAUGUGGGGGCUUUUGACAGCAAGAACAGAGACUGUAGUGUGGAGCACCGUUCCCACUCUCCUGAUAGGAUCCGAGAUCUUGAAAGUACAUUUGUGGUGAAUCCAGCACAGCUGCCCAGUCUUGAAGGUGGUGACUUAAUGCAACAGGUUAAGAAGGGACCUAUCUUUGAGAUCCAAAAUAUGGAGAGUUUAUUAAAAAGCCCAGUUCAUACUUUUUCAAGUCAUGAAAUUCCCUCAGAUGAUUCCAGGCCACAAAAUUCACUUUUCUUCAGGAAAGAGACCUCAAGUGCCUGUGCUUUGCAGGAGGACUCAAGUGUAAACAGAAAGAGCAUCAGACAGCAAACCAACAGAAAAACUAGAGUAAUUAGGCAAAGAGUUGAUUCUGAUGAGGAGUAUCUGCCAAAGAGUGUGAAGAUACAAAAGGCCAAAGCUGAAGAACAUCCUAAAAGAAGCCAGACAAGGAGGAAAACUGUCAGGUUAAGCAAUUGUGAUCAGAGAAACGAAGUUGAUGUUUUUGGGCCCUGUACAGAUGUUCAAGGAGUAGAUGAGGAGAGCACAAAGGAUUUGCCUGGUAAUGUUAAACGUAACAGGAAAACUUACAUUGUUCACCCUUUGGAUCUUGCAGGAAACUUGGGUUGCGUCCAGACAGAACUUGAUGGGGGUGAAAAUGUACCUCCCAGGUCAGUUCCUGGUAUCAAACCUAGCAAAAUCCCCAGAGCUGCUAAGAACUAUCAAAAGAGCAGUAAGAACCAGACAAGAGGCCUUCAAGAAGAAAGGCAAGCUAAUGUUGACAACAACAUGAGUGAUUUGAAAAAAAAAGCCUGUUGCAAACCCAAGCCUCAGAGAAACAACUCUAGACCUCCAGAGUCUGAUACCCUGGCCAGACAAAGUGAUGGUGCCGAUGUUCUCACUGGAAGUUCAACAGAACUUGCACCCAAGCAAACUGUCCCUACGGGGAAGUUUUCCUUCAUUACAGAUCUGCUGUCUGAGCCAGAUGGCUUCCUGGAGGAGCAGAUACCUGAGAUAUCACUUACAAAUACUCUUAUGGACCUUCCUAACAAUCUUGAAUCCUCCUCUAUGACCAGUUGUGCAGCUUUGCCUGUCAGCUACAGGCUUACUGAAGUACCAGUUUCCAAGAGCUUGAGUGCUGAGGGCAACAGAAUGCCAGAAAAAUCCCCUGUUUGGCUGAAAAGCUCCCUAAUAUUUAAGGAGAAGACUGCAGAGGAAAUACCUGGGGAAACAAGUUCUCAGUCAAGUUCUCAGAGCUCAUCUUCACAGGAACCUGAGAUCAGACCACUGCAGGACUUGAACAAUACCGGGAUUCUGUCCUGCUCCAUCUCAGAAGAAGUAUCAGGGCGCUCAUCCAGGCGGAGACGGAAACCAGCCUGCUAUAAAGAACCAAACCUCAACAGAAAACUGAGGCAGGGUGACCCAUUUACAGACACUGCGUUCCUCUGCUCUCUUCGCUACAAAAGAAAAAAGAAUCCUGUUAAAGCCAAGAGAACGACCCAGAAGAUGAAAGAGGAAGAAGAAUGGCUUCCUGAAGGACGUCCCAGUGCCAAGCACUUCAGCAACAUCCAACAGUUCAUGAGGAUAGACUGGGUCUUGCUGUACUCUGCAGAGUCCUCCAGAAGAUGGAAACUUUGUUAGUACAGAGGGAAAAGAGUGUCAUCUGCAGUUGGGUAAAUGCUACCACAUUGCUUAUACAUAAGUAACAGUAGAAAGUCAUUAAAACUAGCAAACAAAAAGCAUAAGAUUUAAAAAUGCCCUCUUAUUUGUUCAGCUUCCUCAAAGGUACCAAGCUGUCUCUGGUACUCUGUAACUGUGGAAGCCAGGUAGGAACAAUAAAUAACAGGGAAUUUGUUAGAGGUCCUGUUGUAGUAGGGACCUGCCUGACUGUGUUGAACUACUGAUGUCAGAAGCCAGGCAGGAAUGUGGAUCUCCAGCUGUUCCCAGUAAUUGUUUUCAUUGCCUCUGGGGAUCAGAAAUUGGGCUUUUUCCAGCUCUGUCUUAUGUGCUUGUACUAACAACAGACUUGUAGACUGCAUUCAUUCCUAUUAAAGGUAUAGUGACAGUUCCUAGCAGUUAUAGAGCUGUGCUUCAAACACAUUGUAAUAGGGAAAGGUCUGAGAUAUACUGGAACGUGAAAAACUAGACACCAUUGCUAGCUCAACAAAAACCAAUAUUUAUUACCAA